UCACUGUAGUUGGUGAAAUGUGUGUCUGUUACAGACACAAAAUACAUUUCCCUAUUUGAGCAUAGUCUUACCUUUAGGGUCAUUGAUGAUCUUUCCGGAAAAGACACAUAAAUGUCGAUAGGACAACAGUGAGGUUUAAUAUUUAACAUGUGGCUCCUGUUUUCACUUUCCCUGGUCAGAGUUCAGCCCUUUUAUUCAGUAAUAUUCAAAGUGUGUGAUUCAGGCACAUUGGCAUAUCCCAUUCUAAUCCCUUGCUUUUUAUGUACCCUGGGACUGAGGAACAGAGAACCUUCUGGAUUCUGGUGCAGUUUGAUUCACUGAAAAAGGGUAAGUCCAUGCUACAGUAAGAAAAGUUCCUGCAACACAGAAACAUAGAAUUCUAGGUCUGGAAGAGACUUCAGGAGAUUGAGUCCAACCCCCUGUCCAAAGCAGGGCCAACACUGACAGCACCACGUCACAGAGCCAGAUCAGUCCCUGUGACUUCCUGCAUGAGCUACCAGAGGCAUGGAGCGAAAGUUACUGCUCUGCAUCUUGCUCUAUGCCAUGCCGGCAGCAGUGAUUCUCUUGACAGAGAAUUUCGAGGUCAGCUCAACCCCAACUGUCACUGCAGUGGUCGGCCAGGAUGUGGUCCUGCCUUGCCAGAUCUCCACCAGGAGACAGCCAGAAAAUAUGGAAGUGCAGUGGAAAAAAAUCAUCCAGGCAGCUAUAGAGACUGUCUAUGAAUACAGAGCCCAGACAGGCCAGGAAGUGCCAGGGCAGAAAUACAAAGACCGAACUGUGCUACUGAAAAAUGGAUUCACCUCUGGGAAUGUGUCUUUAAAGCUGAAGAAUGUUCAGCCAGAUGAUGUAGGAAUAUACAGCUGCAUUGUGAAGUCCAAUGAGUGGAGUGCGGAUGAUACAACUGAGCUUAAACUCGCAGGUGAUGUCUGCACUCAUGGUUCUCCCUGGCUUGCAGCAUUCUGGGUAUUACUUGUUUUAGACAUUCUUGUGAUUGGUGCCUAUGCAUUUUGGAGAUAUAAAGGCAACUGCUGGAAGAAACAAGGGAGAGCUGCUCCAGAGAACGGGACAGCUGAUUCAGAGAAAGAAGAACUCCUGCCGCCAAACCGACAAAAGCAGAGAAGACAAG